CCGAGGACCGAGCCCGCAUCUACCUAAAGUUGUAUCUAAGAAGAAUCGGAUCAAUACUGAGAAAGGAAUUGCGAUUUCAAAGCAAAAAGUCCUGCUUAUUACAUUUUAUUGGCCUAUUUAGUUAAGGUAUUUAAAAAAAAAAAAAGUGGGUUUUCUAUCGUGUAAGUGAAUGGCUUCCAGCCGUUUCUACAGGAUCGGAUCGAUAGUAAUACUAUGAAGCUUCCUUCAUCCCCUCUUCUGCCUCGGAGCAUAUGAUGCUGAAAUAUUUGCACGGUAUAUCAUUUCGCUCCUUUGCUACGGGUACUGGCUAUUUCUUCCUUGGCGUCGCUGCCGAGUCUUAUUAUCACCGUAACCAGCGAGAAACUUCCCUUCAUAUUACCGGAUAUCCUAUUGCUACCAGCGACAAGAUGACGGUUCAUAAUCAGGCCAAGACUCCUUUUCAGACCUUAUUCGCUGUGCCGAUGACCUGUGACGGUUGUGUCAAAGAUGUUUCGGAUGCGCUAUAUAAACUCGGAGGUAUCACUAAGGUCGAAGCCGACUUAGAGAAGCAGCUCGUAUCAGUAGAAGGAACCGCUGCUCCGUCCGCAAUUGUUAGCGCUAUUGAAGCUACAGGUCGGGAUGCUAUUCUAAGAGGGUCAGGUGCUUCGAAUAGCGCAGCUGUGUGCAUCCUCGAAACGUAUCACCGCAAUGAGAAGGGUGGUGAUGCAUUGGUGCCUGCUUCUGCUCCGGAGGCAGAUACGGAAGGAUCGGGAAUAAAUGACAGGGAAGUCAGGGGUUUAGCUCGCAUGGUCCAAGUCUCUCCUACGAUAACUCUAGUGGACCUGACUAUCCGUGGAGUUAAGCCUGGUACAUACUCGGCCAGCAUAAGAGAAUACGGCGACCUCAAGUUCGGUGCUACAUCUACGGGUCCGGUAUGGGCAGGCGGGAGUGGCACAACGCAACCCCGGGGGAUCUUAGGUACUAUACAGAUCGGAAAGGAUGGUCGGGGCGCAGUAUUCUUUGACCAUCCCUUCCAGGUUUGGGAAGUGAUUGGUCACGCAAUGGUCGUUUCUAGCCAGCAGGAAGGGAUCACGGAAGCGAAUCUGAGCAAUGAUGAAAACACUGUCGUCGGUGUUAUUGCGAGGAGUGCCGGCAUGUGGGACAAUGAUAAGACAGUAUGCUCGUGCACCGGAAAGACACUCUGGGAGGAAAGGAAGGACGAGGUAAAGAAAGGUAUGAUCUAAGACUUGAACUGGUUCUGUACAGGUUUUGGAUCCGGCAACGUGUAUUGGAGUGGGGAUUGUUCGCAAAGACUAUUGGUAUCCAAUAAACACCGUUGAUACAUAGAAAGCAAGCAACUUUGGAAGUUCAAUUGGGGUUCAAGUCUCGUCGAAUCGGGUCUCCCAGGGGUGCCCGGCUUGUUCAAGAUCCCGUUUAUUCUUACAUCUAUGUGUCUCGACGUUGACAGCGUUUAUGUAUAAUUCCCCUGUCGGUCCCUUAUGCAGGGACAUUCAGGGUCCAACUAUUCCAAGUUUAUUCAGACGGCAAAGAAACCAUUCGUCAUAGCACAAUAUGCAAUGUUGUUAUUGGUAGC